AUGUCAGAAGCUGAGAAGAAUGCACUGGCAACACAAGGCAAUGCCCUGUGGAUCUUGUUCGAGCGAAGCGUCACGGGCAGACUCAGCCGGUGUUUUGGUGAGGUCGCCAAGCAUCUAACUCGUGUCCACACUGGACACCACUAUGCAAGGAAUGUGGCCUCACUGGCGCAGAACAUGCAGUGGGACACGGCAGUCCGCAGGGCCAACCGAAAACGCCUCGCAAAAACGCUUCUGCUCGCCGUGCCACCCGUGGCCGGCGGGGCGGUGCCCUUGCUGUUCAAGUGCCGCCCCCUCCGCGCACCGUCGCUCGCCCUGUUGCGCCUGCGUUGUUCUGCUAUCAGUGCCUUCAAGCACCGACAUACCGCGCAACAGGGGUGCUCCCUCCCUGCUCGGGAUACUCCCCGACAGAGGGGAAGUGCUCCCGUUGCGCGGGGAUGCACCAGUCUUGUCUUUCAGUGCGUUGGUUUUCCGCGUUUCUUGCUCGACGCAUCUGCUAACUUUGCUCUCUGGCAGUUCCCUGCUGCAGCUCUGCCGCUGGCAUACCGCGUUGUGCUCUUGUCCUGUGCCGCCGAUCGCGCCCCCGCCACCACCAAGGCUGCGUCCCUAGCGGCCGUCGUCGCCGCGGCCCGGGCCUUCAAAGCUCGGGUCCGCGCUGACGGCGGCCCGCUGCCCCGUGGGAGUGCUCCGGCCCCGGCCCCUGCAACGCCUGUGGCUGCAUCUGCUCCUGCCGGCUUCUUUUUGGCUCUGUUGGCCGUGUUUCUUCGCGGGUUCCGGCGACGAGGAGGAUUCUGA